GGGCACUCACAUUCUCCAGUUGUGGAAACUCUGGCGAAGUCUCCAACUGAAUUAAAGAAAAGGAAAGAGUUUUGUGCAGCGACGAAACCCCAAAAUCCAUGGCCUUGGAACCUUUUGAGUCAUUCAUUCACACGACGAUUUGGGUUGGGCAGAUUGGUGAAGAAGUUAGUUCCAGAGGAUGUGGUGUCUGUCCUGCUUUAAACGUCCUUCCACUAAACAUGAUCCCUCUCAGGAUCGUUUUGAAGCAGAAACUAAUAUAGUUACAGAUAUUUCACUGUAUGAAGAUGUCAUCUUACGUCAGAGAAGAUCAGAAGCUGAUCAGAUUGAAUGGGCCAUUCAAGAUAGCUUCAAGCCCCAAGAAACUACUAGUUGUCGUCAGCGUCAGCGAGAGGAGGAUGAUCAGAUAGCGCUUGGUCUGCAAUACGUGGAAGAAACUGAGCUUGAUAAAUCUGUGGUGGACGAAGAAGAUCAGCAGCUUUCUAAGAUUGUUGAGGAGAGUUUGAAAGAGAAAGGCAAAAGAAAGCAGCAAUCUGGAGAUGAUCAAGCGGAAAUUGACGAACAACAUGCUCUAAUUGUUCAGGAGAGUCUAUACAUGGUGGAGCCUCCUCCUCGACUUGAAGAAGAUAAAAACAUGCCCCCAAUACCUCCGCUGAAUGAAGAUGAGCAACUUCAGAAGGUUAUUUGGGAAAGUUCGAAAGGUAAGGGCCAAAUAGAGCAUUCCAAAGAUCCAGUGGAAGAAGAUGAAAAUCUUCCAAGAGCAGAUCUCAACGUGAACCAUCCUCAUAGCAUAUGUGAUGGCUGCAACUCUGCUAUUGAAUAUGGAAGAUCUGUUAAUGCCUUGGGUGGUAAUUGGCAUCCUAAAUGUUUCUGUUGUCUUUCUUGCGACAAACCAAUCGCUAUGCACGAGUUUCCUGGUAGAGAGUAUAAAAACCAUUCCUUCUGGAAAGAAAAGUACUGCCCUUUUCAUGAAGUUGAUGGAACUCCCAAGUGUUGCAGUUGUGAAAGAUUAGAGCCCUGGGGAACGAAGUAUGUAAUGCUUACUGACAAUCGGUGGCUAUGCGUAAAAUGUAUGGAAUGCGCAGUUAUGGAUACUUAUGAAUGCCAACCUUUGCACUUUGAAAUCCGUGAAUUCUUCGAAAGCUUAAACAUGAAGGUUGAGAAAGAAUUUCCUCUUCUUUUGGUGGAGAAAGAAGCGCUGAAUAAAGCUGAGGUGCAAGAAAAGAUUGACAAUCAGCAUGGGACGGUAACCAGAGGUAUUUGCUUAUCUGAAGAGCAGACUGUCAAUAAUGUCUCAAAAAGGCCAAACAAGGGGCCGAACAACGAGCUAGUAGGCAUUGUUACAGAAUCUCAAAGGGUUAUUGGUGGAUGUGAGGUCACUGCAAUUCUUAUCCUUUAUGGACUUCCUAGGAAUCUUAAGUUAGAGUUUGAAGAAGGCAUAUGUCAAGUGCUAGGCCACAUGUGGUUGGAGUCACAGACAUACUCGACUUCUGCAGCUGCAUCAUCAGCUUCUUCUUCUUCUUCGUCCCACACUCCAGCUGCUAGUGCAUCAAAGAAAGGUGCUCAAUCUGAUUACGAGAAGAAACUGGUGGAGUUUUGCAAGGAUCAGAUAGAAACAGACGAUUCACCGGUCUACGGUGUUGGAUUCAAGAAAGUUUACCAGAUGGUCUCAGACUCCAGCCUCCACAAAAUCCUGAAAAGUAUUCAACACUGGACGAAACCAGAUUCAAAUCUUUGAAGCAGCUAAUAUAGGACACAUCGAAAC